AUGUCGGAUGAUCGUCUGGAGAAGGGGCCCGAGGAGCCUGUAGCAGAGGCCCCCAAAGCCGCAUCCCCAAGUGUUCCCGAAGGCGGCCUCCAAGCAUGGAUGACAGUCGCAGGUGCAUCGGUUGCUCUGUUUGUCUCAUUUGGCUGGGUCAACUGCAUUGGACUCUUCCAGGCUGAGUACGAAACGAACCAGUUGAAGGACUACUCGAGCUCGGAUGUAUCUUGGAUCACGUCCAUGGAAUUUUUCUUCAUGCUUUUCACUUCCCCCGUGGCGGGCAAGCUGUUCGAUAGCUAUGGUCCGCGCGUGCCUAUUGCGAUCGGAUCGGUCUUGCAUGUCUUUGGGCUGAUGAUGGCCAGUCUCUCCUCUAAGUAUUAUCAGCUCAUGCUAAGCCAGUCUGUGGUGUCUGGAAUUGGUUCUUCGUUGAUCUUCACCCCGGCGAUGACAGCAAAGCGGGGGGUUGUUGGGGGUUUAACAGUGGCAGGAUCGUCGUUGGGCGGCGUCAUUUUUCCGUUGAUGGUCCAGCAUCUACUACCGCAGGUGGGCUUUGGCUGGACGAUGCGGAUCUGCGCCUUCAUGAUCCUGGGCCUGCUAAUCAUCGCUAAUGUCGCUAUUUCAUCCAAUUUGUCACAUGCACCACGUCCGUUUUCUGUAGUGCACUAUCUCGGACCGUUGCGGGAGGUUAACUUUGGCAUCCUGUGUACGGCCAGUUUUUUGAUGUACUGGGGACUAUUCGUUCCCUUUGAUUAUAUCGUUGUCGAAGCCACCCACUACGGCAUGUCGUCGCAGAUGGCGUUGUCGUUAGUUCCGAUUCUCAAUGGCGCCAGUUUCUUCGGUCGUACCGUGCCCAACUAUAUCGCCGACAAGGUUGGUCGCUUCAAUGUGAUGCUCAUCAUGACCACGUUAUCGGCUAUACUAGUAUUGGCAUUGUGGCUUCCUGCCCGAGGCAAUGGCGCGCUCAUUUCCUUUGCGGCCUUGUUUGGCAUCACCUCAGGUGCGAUUAUUGGCCUGGGACCUGUCCUAAUUGUCUCCAUCUCGCCAAUGAACGAGUUGGGUUAUCGGAUGGGUACUGUCUUGGCCUUUGCUGCGGUGGGAACCUUGACCAGUCCACCUAUUGGGGGCGCGAUUGCCGCCGCCAAUGGGGGCAUCUACACCUAUACGUGUGUCUUCUCAGGCGUGAGCCUUUUUCUGGGUACCAUCGGGCUUGCUGCUCUGCGCGUGCGUCUUUCUGGAUGGGGGCUUACUACGAAGAUUUAA